AUGGAAAAAAUGAAGAAUAUAUUGAAGCCCAAACCGAACCCGCAGCAAUUAAUGAGAGAUUGGCAGCGUCGACUUCGCCAAGAGUGCCGUAACAUCGAACGCCAAAUCCGAGAUAUACAGAGAGAAGAGAAGAAUGUCCAGAAAGCGAUUAAAGAGGCUGCGAAGAGAAAUGACAUGGCUUCUGCUAAGGCACUUGCUAAAGAACUUGUGAGAUCUAGAAAAACUGUGAACCGUCUAUAUGAGAACAAGGCACAGUUGAAUUCGAUAUCGAUGCACCUAGGAGAAAGUGUAGCUAUUGCUCGCACUGUGGGACAUUUGUCCAAAAGUGCUGAAGUCAUGAAGCUUGUUAACAAUCUCAUGAAGGCCCCACAAAUGGCUGUUACCAUGCAAGAAUUCAACAAGGAAAUGACCAAGGCUGGUGUUAUUGAAGAGAUGGUGAAUGAUGCGGUGGACGAUGCACUUGAUUCAGAAGACAUUGAAGAGGAGACUGAAGAAGAGAUUGACAAGGUCCUGACUGCAAUUGCCGGUGAGACUGCUGCCCAACUUCCUGAAGCAACCAGAAAGGAAAAUCUAAAGCAACCCGUGCAGGGUGUAGAAGAUGCAGAGGAGAAUGCCGAUGAUGAAGAAGAGCUUGAAGAAAUGAGGGCCCGUCUUGCAAGAGUUCGAUCGUGA